AUGAGUGAUACCCUGAGCGCCGACCGGUCGCCCCUUUCCUCGGCCAGCAGCGUGCGGUCCUUCAGCAGCAGCCUCUUGGAGGCCGGUGUCGGAGGCUAUGGCGCCAGCCCCUCACUGGUGCGCAUGCGCACGGUCCAGAUGCUGGAGUACUGCUUGGGCCACUGGUCCCUGGGACAUGUGGACCCGGCCGCCGCCGACGCCGAUGCGGCCCUGGUGGAAGACCCGGAGCCGUCGGUCUUCAAGCUGCGUCGUGCCCUGCUGUCGCUGGCUGACGUGCUGAUCCGCCGGAUUGACACCCUGCCCGACCGGCUGGCCUGCUCGCUGUCAGCCCUGCGCAUCAUGACGGCCUUGGCUGGCACCGGGUCGGAUGCGGCCACCGCGCGCCACCAUCUGGCCGUGCUGGUUGAUACGGCCGGGCGAAUUGCCCAGGCUCCGGUGCAGCCCUACGACUGGAGCAGCCCGCUGCCGAGCUCGGCCAGCCAGCUCUUCAGCCUGGCGGUGGGGAAUCUCUCGAGCCCGAACUUUGCCGCUCGGAGUUGCACGCAUGCGCUGCUGCACGAGCUCCUCCGCUCGAUGUGCGAUGCGAUGCCGGACGGCCAGCGCCCGGAGCAGCCGGUGCUGGACGCCUUUGCCAAGGCACAUGGCGCGCGCUUGCUCGUGUCGCUGACGUCGGUCUUCAGUCGGGAGCUGACCCUCACUUCGGGUCCGGCUUCCGGGGCGGAUCCCCUGUCGGUGGGCGACAUCCUUGGCCUGGCGGUGGCCUUGGCCGACUACACCGGGCUGCAGGCGGCGGCCGCGGCGUCCGAUGAUUCUAGCAUCUGUGUGCCAUACUUUGUCCCUUUGGUGGCGGUCCGCGUGCCGGCCAGCGAGGACCCGCUGCUCCAGUCGAACUCUGCUCCCCUCAUCAAGCGGCUGAUCGACAGCUGCACGGCGCUGCCAAACCGCCGGGCCGUCCCGACGGCCAAUGGCCUGGCCAUUUCCCGCCUGGCCCUGCCGGUCCUGCAUGCCAUCUGCCUUGAGCCCGCCUCACCUCCGCGGCGCAACGACCCCUGGCAUCUAUAG